AUGAGGAAGGACAUGUGACAUUCCCGUGGCAGCUGUGCUCUGUGUCUGCAGGAGGCUUUGGUUUGGGGGCAGUACCGUCCAAAGGGGAUUUGAGGGUACCCCACAAUAAUUUACAUCCUGACAUGCCUUAAGUCGCCCCCCACCCCCCGCAUCCAUUCUCUCCCUCCUCUCUACAUGUUUUUAAUUUCCCUGAUGCCAAAACCUUCUUAGGUUCCACUGGGCCAUCUGUUGCUGUCAUUUUAGCUUAGAACAGAGCUGAAAGAAAGGAGAAAACCAGACACAGCCUGGUCCUGUUACCACCCUCAUCUUUUACCUUGAACUUCUUCCCUGUCUGUGAACUAAAGACUGGACUGCCUUAUAAGAAUUAAUUGGGACCCUGUGUACACGGGAAUUCAUGGUUGGUCCCCGUGUCAUUAGUAGUGAGCAUAGAGAAAGCUGUUCAUUUUGGUUUUUGAAAAGUUGGAUUUUCUGAUAAUUCGUGCUGCUAAUGAAGCAGAGAGGAUAAUAAAGCAUAAAUAAUAAUAAUAAUAUAUAACUAUAUAAAAAUAAUAAAGCAGAGAGGAUAAUAAAGCAAAAAUAAUAAUAAUAUAUAACUAUAUAAAAAUAAUAAAGCAGAGAGGAUUGAUGGUUAACAGAGCUAGAAAGCAGGCUGAAGCAAGACAGAAGCUCGUGCAGUUUGUAUGACCCACCGCAGAAAGGGACAAGAGUGUCAGGGGACAAGAGAGAAGUGAGUGGGACCUUGGUUUGGAGGCCUCCCGUGUCCUUUUGAAAGCAUUGCAUAUGUCAAAGGUCAUACGUUAGGGUUCCUACUGCUGUGAAGAGACACUACGACCACAGCAACUCUUAUAAAGGGACACAUUUAUUUAGGGUGACUCGCUUACAGUUCAUAGGUGCAGUCCGUUAUCAUCGUGGCAGGGAAUAUAGAGGCAUGCGGGCAGAUGUGCUGCUAGCUACAUCCUGAUCAGAAGGCAGCAGGAGGGCGCUGCGACACUGAGCAAAGCUUAAACUAAAGGGACCUCAAAGCCUGCUCCCACAGACACAUGUCCUUCAGCAAGGCCACACCCACUUCAGCAAGGCCACACCCACUCCAGCAAGGCCACACCCACUUCAGCAAGGCCACCCCUCCCAACAGUGCCACACCCUAUGAACUACCACUGGCCACCAGUUGAGUUAUCAGUUUUGAACCCUAGGGAGCAGCACCAGAGGGUAAAGAAGCAGUGGAGAGCUGAAUACUGAGGGACCUGAGCGCUUGCAAGUUCCACGUGAAGGACUGUAGAGAAUGAAUGUGCUUUGUGGUAGAGGAACAAAGGGUUUGUAACAAAAAUGGAAGCUCUUGGUCGCAGGGCAGCUGCCUUUCAAGAGGCCUACCCUGUGGAUACCCUGCAGGACGACUCAGAGGGCCAGCAGGCAGCUGCAAAGGUUUACUAUGACUUGCUCAGGGAAGGAGCCCAGGCCUCAGCAGAGGUUUUCUCCCUUCCCACUGGGGAGCAGGUCAGACUUGAAACUUCAUCUCUUCGAUUUUGCGCUAUGUACCGUGAUGAACCUCAACAUAAAUUACUGACUUUGGUUAGUCCCCAGGACACAAAGACAGUUGUGGCUGUUUAUUUAAAAGACUCUUGGUGGUCCAUUGAAGACGUCCUAAGAACUUCUGAUCCCACAAGGGAAGGGCUCAUGAAGGUUCAGUCCUUCGGGGAAAGGAUUGUACUUUUUGUUCUCAACACCAUUGUUUUUGGAAGACUGGAGAGAAGUCUGGAUGACGAUGACAUGUUUUUCUUACCUCACCCGGCGAAGGAGCAAGCUAAGAUUCUGUGGAGAGACGGAGCGGCAGUUGGAUUUUAUUCAAUCAAAAUGAAAGGCAGCCUCUGUGGUGACGGCACUGGGGCAUGCUACCUGCUGCCUGUCUUUGACACCGUGUUUGUGCGGAGGAAGAACCGCAGCCAAGGCCUGGGGACAGCCAUGCUGAGGGACUUCUGUGACACCUUUCGAGAAGAUGAAGCCCUGGGUAUCAGUUGCCCAAUUUCUCCUGCAAUGUACAAAGUCCUCAGGAGGUUCCUGUUGAUCCAUCCAGGCGAGAAAGGGCGCUUGUGGGAGGUGGAGCCCCCAGGGGCCUGGGGCCAGCGUGCCAACAUCUGGCUCAAGGUUUGUCUUCAGGAGGCGAGACCUCAAGAUGGGACCACAGUGCAUCCUAAAUGUUCUGAAGAGGACACAAACACCCCAAGGCAAACUUCUCAGGGUGAUGGAGCCACACAAUUUGAUCACGGAGAAAGCCUUAAGGAGUGGAUUACUGAAGAACGGGAGACACAGAACGACCCAGAAAGUGUCAAAAGAGAGGAGGAAGCUGGGAUGCUCCCGAGACCCUCCUGGGAUGAGACGGAGGACAAGGGAGCCAAGAGGACAGCAGCGGUCGCUGGGCUGGUUAGUGAGCCGUGGCGGAAGCGUGCACUGCAAGCUCCUAACUCCUCAGAGGUUCAUCUCGCUUCAUCAGGAUCUGAGCCUGAGGGUUUGAAGUAGCCCUGAAUAGUCUCUGAAGAUGGAGACAGUGUCAAUGGGUCCUGCCUAUCUCUGCUCACCUUUUAGGCUCUGGGCCGAGGGAGUCUGAAGAAGUUCUGGGGUAGGCCAAAUAUGCUCUGUAAAGUAAAAUGGCUUCCACUCCCUAGGAAUAUGGUAUGCAUGGGGCCGUGUGAAGGGGUCUCUUAGUAGAAACGGACUCAGAGACGGGCCAUGGUCCCGACCCAUGAUAAGCAUUCAGCCCUGUUGGGACCUCAGAAUGCAGCUCCAGAGGUUUUCAGGAAGACAGGUUCCUUCUCUGGGGACUUGUCAGUCACUUCAGAGCCCCUUGAGGGCAAACACCAGGGGUUAUAACAUCCACUAUGCCAGGGUCAGGUGGUGCCCACUGUGGGCCCAGUGGGUUCAGCCUAUUGUGUUCUGCUGUCUGGACAUGGGGUAGGGUUUCUCCUAGAGAGAGCUGGUCUGUUCUUUAUGUCUCCUGAAUGGUCAAAGGACCCAUGCCGUGGGACCUCAGUUACUUACAUGUUCACCAAAGCACCCGGUGGUGUGGCAGGUCGUUCUGUACAUGUGUUGCUUUUAUUGGUGAAUGAAUAAACGCGCUGCUUUUGGCCAAUGGCUUAACAGAAUACAGCCAGGCUGGAAGAGCUCUAUAUAGAGAGAGUAGGCGGAGUCAGGGAGA